UUUCACUUCUCAGGAAGACCUUUAUACAAAGCAACAACUUCUUCUUCUUACUUCCAGUCCUCAAUCCCACUCCUCUGCCCUGAUUUCAGCACAUCGACGCUCCCCAAUUCGUUUGCCUCUGUCUCCUUCGCGACCGAAACUGCAGAUACCACUUGGAAGGCUGGAACCUCUAGUCAAGAUUCACAACGAUGCCUGACGACGGCGAUCACCCCGACGAUGCUGGCCAUGGUGAGGAUACGAAGUCAAGCAUCUCCUGUGGCAGAUGCAAGCAGCUGGGUCACGAGCUCGCAGACUGUUCUCAAAUGGGCUCCAACACCCUAAAACAUGGAUACAUGAAGGGAUGUCCGAUGUGCAACACUACCAACCAUUUCUACGAUGACUGCAAGCUACUGCCUGCUGGUGGUGACGAGCUGCUACAACACCAUAUGGAAUGGCUCGUUCGGCGGCGCCGCAACAUGCCUCUAAUACACACGGCCAUAGACAUCUGGAUACUUGUUUUGGGGUUUCCAGAUGAUGGAUACGGAUAUCCGUGGUCCCGUUCAUUCACCAGAAGUCUGAACAGGAAACCACAUUUAUUGCCAGGCUCACGCGAUUUUCGGGAAAUCGCCGAAAUCGGUAGAUUCUAUGACAAGUCAACCGAAUCUCUUGUUGAAAUUAAGCACCGCGUCGACUUUACUAUUCCCGACUGUCCUCAUGAUAGUCAUGACACGAAGAAUCUGGUGGGUCGGGUACAUACAUGUGCGUCCAACCCAUGGGAGAACGAUCAGAAGCACAACGCCGAGUACACCUUGGCAUUUGAGAUGAUGAUGAGGCAGACGAAUGAAGGAAAAUACAACGAUGGUCAGACGCUACGGAGACUGAGAGUACUCAGGGCCGGGAGUAUAUAUCCAGCGGCCUUUGCGAAGGAAAGCAGCGCAUGGGCUCGAGCAUUCGGCGACUUCCUUCUUCACGACAAGCCUGGCGGUGUGGAUGAUGUGACUUUUCUCAGGGAACUCAGAGAUCAAGCAGAAAUUCGGGCAGCAGGUCAAUCUCAGUCUCUGCCGCCGCAAGAACAGACACCUAAGCAGUCACCACCAAAGAGAGAGUCACCACCAAAGAGAGAGUCACCACAGAAGACAGAGUCACCACAGAAGACAGAGUCACCGCCCACUAUAUCCAAGACACCGAAGCGACAGCCACCGCCCAAGCAAGAUUCAUCAUCAGACAGCGACAUACGUCUGCUUACUUCUCCGGAGUCUCGCGCUGAGGAGAUGGUGAUAAUUCCUGCAUUGCCGCCUACUCAGGGAUCACAGACGAAGCGAGCGUCACCAAAGCGCAAACGUCCGGCAGCCACCCCGGAGCCUCGCACCAAUGAAAGAUUCUCGAUAGCUUCAUCAACACCUCUCAGAGUUCGCCAGCGAAUCUGGGCGGCGCUGUGUCCAGACAGAGAGUGCGUCGGUGGCUACCCCUUUGAGGUUCCCAUACCUCCGAUUGCCCAACUCAAGGCUCAUGUGAUUGACGAUCUGGAGGACAACAACUCGAAUGGAAAUUCAGGCAAGCGACUUCCUCUGGCAAACUACAUCCACCCACAUGUCACCAUCAGCCUCACCAAACGAGAGCGACCCGACGGCGAGCCCGUUCAUACGCUAGUGCUUGGCCUGACUAAGGCAGCGUCCAUGCUGCGCUUCUCCCGGCUUGGGCUGCUGCAGGCCUACGACAUGGCUGUCUGCUGGGCAUCCAAGGUCGAUAAAGAUGGCGUCAGCUUCUCUCUUCGAAACGCUUUCGACGGCUGCAACGCGGUGACAGAGAGCUUUGCGGGGGACAAAAUGCGCAUCCAGGAAAUGGCUGAGCUGGAGAAGCAGAUUGAGAGACUGGCGCCCCGGUGCUCGCAAUUCAACAUGGUGGUGGAGCGCAUCAAGGACUGGAUGGAAAGGAGCGGACACAAGACCCAGUAUACGUCCCGAGCGGCUUGGAGCGAUACGCUUCGCAAGUGGUGGGAAGAUGAGCAUGAUGAUGUGGGCGGGCUGGAUCGAGAGGAGCUGAAGGAGGCUUGUCUACGGGCCAUAGAGGCCAAGAUGAAGGAAUGGAAGAAGGAAAAGGAGCGAGCCCUCGAGGAGCCCGACUCUGACCUGGAGAUUAUCGAGUCUCCUCCCAAGAAGAAGGCUCGGUCGCGUUGA